CAACUAUACCGGCGAGCCUCGCUGGAUCGUCCUCCUCGUAUAAAAGCGUUUAAGUGUCGUUCCGGUACGAAUAGUGCGAGUUCGUAUGUGGUCCGGUACUGAGGCAGCGAUAGCUGAUGCGCAAAGUGGAAAACAACGAUUGUACAUAUACCCAAUAAUAGUGUCUUGAUAAAGCCACAUAGUGAAAGUAUACUGGUGCGAUACGAGACAUUAGUGGAACGAAUUAUUUCUUUAGAACAGUGCAAUUAAAAAGGUGUAAACGUGCCGGCAGAUAGGGGUACAACCGCAGUAGCAUUUAUUCAAACAUUACUUUUUGAGAACCGGCAUACGCUUACAUAACCUCAUAAGCAAUGGGGACUUCGUAUAAGCUUGGAAUGGACGAACUUUCCGGUCGGUCUUCCAACAGCAUAUGGAAGGCGCUGGUCGCUGAAUUCAUUGGUAUCUUCAUCCUGAACUUUUUUGGCUGCGCUGCAUGUACUCAUGCAGCUGGAGAUAAAACACUCAUUUCACUUGCUUUUGGUCUGAGUGUAUUCAUGGUUGUGAUGUCUAUCGGGCACAUUAGCGGUGGACACAUCAAUCCUGCAGUAACUGCUGGCUUACUUGCGGCUGGCAAAGUCAGCAUUGUUCGAGCACUUUUGUACGUCGUAGCUCAAUGUGCCGGAGCAGUGGCUGGAACUGCUUCACUAAAGGCACUUUUACCGGAAGCAUACCAGAAUGGUCUUGGCAACACAGGCCUUAAAGAAAACGUCCAAGAUAUGCAAGGAUUGGGAAUUGAGUUCUUCCUAGGUUUCAUCCUGGUACUGUGCGUUUUCGGAGUUUGCGAUGAGAACAAACCAGAUUCACGCUUUGUUGCCCCAUUGGCUAUCGGCAUGACGGUUACUUUGGGUCAUCUCGGAGUUGUAGAGUAUACCGGUUCCAGCAUGAAUCCCGCUCGCUCGUUUGGAACGGCAUUUAUCGGUGAUAAUUGGGCUAAUCAUUGGAUCUAUUGGGCUGGACCUAUUUUGGGCGGUAUUUGUGCUUCUCUUCUGUAUUGCCAAGUGUUCAAAGCACCUCAACCAGAAGGAGAAUCCGCCUCAGAGCGCUACCGUGUAGCUGCUGACGAGAAAGAGCUAAAACGUUUGGAUGGAAAACGUGAUAUGGCCUGAGGAUAUCUCCAGCAAGCUGCAUUCUUUCAACAGCAUUUAUCUAUGCAGUUGAACAAAUAUUCAUUGAUAGAAUAUUUGUGGAGCAAAUAGAUUUUAAGUGUUUUACUAUUGGAUAAGAUGCAAGAUUUUAAGCCUACUGAAACAAAACAUCUAGUUAAGAAAAAUGCGAAAAUAUCAUUAAAAAGCAAAAUGUGCCACGAAUAAAUAAAAUAUUUAUAAACAAUA